UUGAUGAUAAAACCAGUGUAAAUAGUGGGGACAGGGUCAAAGGUUAUGAUGAUAAUUAGUUUUACCUGUCCAUGUAUUGAGAAAUAUUGACAGUUCACGCCAUGAGUUACUUGAUUUCUUUGGAUUAGAAGAAUAUAGUUAUGAAUUAAGUUAUGGAUCUUAAAUUAAAAGUAAAAAUUCUGUUUGGAGACUGGUACUGAUGGAGGAUCCAGGAUUUAGAUCCCUGGGACGUCAACAAUUAGAAAAUGAAUUGAGCAAAAUUCGGGAGCCCUCUGCUGAUUUGUUUGGAAUUCAAUUAGAAGUUACCUUUAGAUUACUUGAAGCUGAAAAGAGAAAAUUAUCGGUACUACAAUCAGAACUUGGACAGUUAAAUAAUAAUGAUUAUGGACAUGAUGUAGCUCAGAAAAGAUCUGCUAUUGGACAAAUCCAGUCGAGUGUAACUCGUUUCCAGUUAAACUACAAUAGACUUGAGCAAGAAUACAAAGCAGCAGCCAUGGGCAUGAUUAAGAGACAGCAUAAAAGAGGUUCUUCUAGAAGCCAGCCAGCGAUAGGAUUGAAACAGACUUCCAAAUCAAGGCCUUCAAUAUUUGGUACUAUUGCUAAAGAAAAACCAAAGAAAAAAGAACAUAGACUUAGUGUUGGGCCACAGAUGAUAAGUCUCUCUCGCAUGUUUGAUCUAAGACCAUCAGGAUACGACAGCCAGGUACCAAGUCAUUACACCGAAGACGAGGCGUUAAUCUUUGAAGAGGGGAACCUAAUGGCUGGCUCAUUGGAAGCCCUGAUACAACACCUUGUACCAACCACAAACUACCAUCCUGAUAGAACCUAUGUUUUUGCCUUCUUGUUGAGUUCAAGGCUUUACAUCAAACCUCAUAUACUUCUGAAAGAAGUCUGCCAGAUUUGUGUAUUCCAACAGAAUUUGGCUGAAGAUGAAAUAAAACGAGAACAACUAGGAACAUUUGGUCCAAAUAUACUACAGUUGUUAGGGGAAUGGACAGAAAUGUUUCCCUACGAUUUCCGAGAUGACAGAAUGAUGAAACAGUUAAAAGAAAUCACCCAAAGAAUCAUUAGUAUUUAUCCAGAACUCCAAACAGAAUUUGCUAGUCUUACUCAUAACUUAAUUAAUAAGUUGUCCUCAUUACAUAAAUAUGAAGAAGAGUUGUCCAAGAUCAAUACAGAAGCUGUCAGAAAAUCUAGCAUUCAGGAAGUUCCUACAACUGACAUUACUGAAAUCUGUCCAAGUCCAUUAGAAUGUGCACAACAACUCACUCAUAUAGAAUUAGAACGACUUGGACAGAUUGGUCCAGAAGAGUUUGUUCAAGCCUUUGCCAAAGAAACUGUCAGUUCAGAGACAUCCUUUAAAGAUAUGAAGAAAACCUCCAAUUUAGAAGCUUAUGUUAAUUGGUUUAAUAGAUUAAGUUACCUAAUCACAACAGAAAUAUGUUCACAUUUAAAGAAGAAAAAUAGGGUAAAAGUGAUAGAAUAUUUCUUAGAUGUUGGGAAGGAAUGCAUCAACAUUGGAAACUUUAAUUCUCUUAUAGCCAUUAUAGCUGGUCUUAAUAUGAGCCAAGUGUCCAGAUUAAAGAAAACAUGGGCUAAAGUAAAUACAGCAAAAUUUGAAAUCUUGGAACAUCAGAUGGACCCAUCUAACAACUUUGGUAGCUAUAGGUCCUGUCUGAAGGCAGCUAUGUGGAGGUCAGAGGGUGCUACCAAUGAACGAGAAAAGAUUGUCAUUCCUUUCUUUAGUCUGUUUGUAAAAGAUCUGUAUUUCCUAAAUGAAGGCCAUUCUAGCAAAUUAGAAAAUGGUAAUAUCAAUUUUGAAAAGUUCUGGCAGCUAGCCAAACAGAUUUCAGGACUAGUCACCUGGCAACAAGUUCAGUGUCCAUUUGAGAAGAAAGCAGAUGUUUUGCAUUAUAUUCUUACAAAUCCAGUUUUUUCAGAGUCCAAUUUAAGUUUAGCAUCAUUUGAAUGUGAAGCACCAUUCUCAAAAAACGAAAAAGAGAGACACAAAGACUUAAAAUCAAAAGUUGGCAUUUCAUGACGAAGAUGAAGCAAUUGUAAAUAAAAGCAUGGUACCUAUUACCUGGUGUUAACUGCAGAUGACCUUGACAUUUGUACAGUUGUUGGUGCACCUGUGUACAGACUUGAAAUGGUUUAUGAUUUUUUUAAAUCUUGACCAGUCCAAGGAUAGAAGUUGUAGUUCUAAGGAUGGUAUUUUUGCAUUAGCUGUUGGAUGCAAAAUUGACUUGGUGAUUAAAAAAACUGAUGACUGUGUUCCUUUGACAUUCCAGCCAUAGAUAAUCACAUGAUAACCAUGUGUUUGUCAUAUUUGUUAGUGCUAUAUCUUUGUCUAGUGCAAUGUUUUCAUUGAUUUAUCAUGCCUCAUCACAACGAAGUAUUCAGGACAUAUUUUGUAGACUUAUAUUUUAAUUAAAUGUUGUUAAAUAUUUGUAGUCAAAUUUAAUGAAUAUAUUUAAUUGAUAUGCUUCAUUAGAUUUUGUUAGUUCUUUAAUAUCUUUAUUUAAUUAACUCCUAUCUGAAUAUAUAUGUACUUACUUAACCACACCCUAUUACCUGCUAUUGGUACUACAAAUGAAAUUGGUAACACAGAUUCAAAUAUGCUGUACAUGAUUGCAAAGUUUAAUGUAUUGCAAUGUCAAUAGGAACGGCAGUCAAAGAUCUGCUGUACACAAUAGCAAAAACAAUUGUUUUGAAUAGCAAUAGGGAACACAGAUCCUGUUGUAUCUGCUGUAGUGAUAACUGGUAAUAGGGUGUGAUCACUGGCUGCUUUAUUGUAUAGGAAGUCAGGGUAAUUGACAGGUAUUCACGUAGCAAUGUCAUCUUUCUAUAUAAACAACAUUUUUAUUGAAAGGUUACAGGGUUUUUGUGAAUUGGUGCUUAUUUUAUUGCAAAAACAAAUGAUUAUUUUAGCAAAUAUGAGAAUAAUACUUUGGCCUAUAAAUAAGUUAAAUAAAAUCAAACUGAACAGAAGAAAGAGUAAUUCACUUUUCAACCAAAAAAAAAUGCAGAAUAAGAUUAUUGCCAAAUUAAUCUUGUUAAAAAAUUUACCUCAAAUUAUUUGACCAUUCCAUUCAUUCAAUUUAACAUUGUUCAUCCCUGCUAGUCAGUGACUCAUCAUGGUUAUGUGAACUCUUGAAAUAGACUUAAAGUAUUGAAGCUUUUGCUUUAGAUGUUUGACUUUAAAUGGCAUUUACUUAGGAAGAGGUUUGGUUCAGAUUAAAGUUUCUAAUUUAAAGAUACUUUUGUAUAUGUGCUUUGUCAAAACUAGACCUAGAUUUAUCCAUUUCAAUCUUAGUUGAAUUAUGAGGAUUAUUUUUGGCUUGCUUGUCAAAUCUAGUUUUGCAAAUCAGUAAUACUAAAAUUUAUUAUACUGAGAGUUAUUUUUAUAUUUUUAUUUUUUCUAGAAUUGGUAGAUUAAUUGUUAUCUUCAUAGCUUAAGAUUCUUGUUACAUUUUAUGGAAAGUUAUGAUAAUUAAUUUACUUUUAUAUUUGAAAUUCGUAUGAUAAAUGACACACAACAAAAAAGAUAUUUGUACAAAAAUUACAAUUGGCCAAUUUGAAGACAUAAUGCAUUUACAGUGUUAAUUUUAAUGGAUGUGUAGUAAUUAGACUAAUGGCCUUAACCUCUUCUUUUUAUUGUGAUAUCAUUGAGGCAUCGAAUUAAAUUAUUCAACCAAUGUUAUAAAUGCUUAACAGUUUGAAUUGUAUGUUGAAAAAUGGGUAUAAUACUAGAAAGAAAUCAAAGGACAUUUUUCACCCAUUUUCUGAAUGUAUGCAUCAUUUUUAGAAUUUGAUUAAUUAUUCAUUUUAUAUUCUAAAAGUUUUCAUUCAUAUUCAUUCUCUAUAAAAUUUAAAGGAAAGAAUUUCAAGUAAAUGUAUUUGAAGUUUUAAACCAUAUAUAGCGUUUCCUACAACAAUUUACUAUUGAAACUCUAAAUUUCUGAAUUCAAUAAACGCGAAGAGGAUACUUUUUGUACUAUUUUAAACCUAAAGAGACCUAUGCUCUUAUCCUUUGAUUUUUAAUUUUCUUAUUCAUCCAUUAACAAAAAUUGGUUUCAUUUUAUAUACAGAGCUCUACUUGUUGUUGAUCACAUUCAUUGAGAUUAUUCUGUUAUGGUGCUUUUACAUUAUUUAAAUUUUUCACAUCACAUACAUCUGAAAUUUACACAUGGUUUUGUGAUUAUCGAUUUUACACUUGUUAAUUAAAUUUCAUAUUGUUCUGGAAACUUUAAUUGUUUCUGAAAUAUUAUGUUGUUUCGGAAAUUUCCUAUGAAUUUUUGUCAAACUUUUAUUGUUAUAUUUCAUGUCAGCUAUCAGUAGAAGUUCCAGAAUUGAUUUGGAUAUUUUAUAUACUGAUUUUUUUUCCUUGCUUGUUUUACAUCUGUUAGUCUAUACAAAAUCAAUGAUUCAAAAAAAUUUGAUUUUAAAUUGUUACAAGUUUUAAAAUUUCAUGGAUAGUUUGUUAGUGACAUAUUCAGACUGGGAAAUUGUAUGGUUUUGAUAAAAAAAAUCUUGUACCUUUCCUUUCUUAGCUUUUUUGUUCAAGUCAAAAAUAAAUCUUUUAUAACCCAUCUUUCAGAAAUACUGCAAAUACCAAAAUUAAUUUGAAGUUUUUAUUAAUGCAAAAAAAUGUUGAGGAUGAAAAUCUUAUAUAUGACUUAGUAUUGUUGCAUAAGUGACAGUUGUCAUAGAUUAUCAAUGAUAAAUACAUACUUAAAAUUUGGGAUUAAUACUAACUUAUAAGGGAGAUAACUCCUAGUCAUACUUAUAAGAGAGAUAACUCCUAGUCAUUAUGAAAUCUACAUACUACAUUUAUCAUACAUAGUGUAAAGCUUUGAAUGUUUGUUUUACAUCUUGUUACAGUGAGAAUGAUUUAAAUUGUGGAACAGAACAUGUUAUUUCUAAACUUCAUUUUACAUGGUACAUUUUGUUUUACUGUGUAUUUGUUACUGCUCAUUCAAAAGGUUGAGAAAGUUAUUUGUUAUUACCUACUAUGUAAAUAUUUGAUGAUUUAUAUGGACUUGUUGAAUCUCUCAAUGAAAUUAAAAUAAAUUAAAAAAAAUAUUUAUAAAUGAA